AAAAAUAAAUUAAAAGUAUUAUUUAAAAAAAAAGGAAAGUGAAAGGAACGCUGACUCCACUUACUGGCAAGAACUACAAACAGCUUUUAACACUCAUUGAGGCAAGAAAAGCUCACCUGGAGCAGCUUAAAGGGAAGGAUGAAGGGAAAGCAAAAAAAGAGGAAGAGACUAUGAGGUGGACCAAUGUUCUCUACAAAGCUGAAGGCAUGAAAAUAAAAAGACAAUGAGAAGCUCUUGUGUGCAUCAUUGAAAAAGGAGAAAAUGCAGGCUCAGGGAAAAAAAAAGAAGUGGGCACAGAGGAGAAGAUGCAAAAGAGGAAAAACAAGCGAAGAAGAAAUAUUAUGAAAUGCAAGGAUGCCAAGAUGGAGAAACACAAACAGGGCAAGGAAAAAGGGUUAUGUGAGGAUCUCAAGAAGGCCAUCUUAUAGGCAGAAAGGAUUCAAAGAUUAGGUGACAAAAGACGAUCUGCCUCUUUUGUCGGUUCUGUAUAUUUAAAGUUGUACAAUAAGAAUUAUCAUUACAAAUGACAACAUGUAGGUCUAUAUUGUCAAUGUUAUGGUUAGCAGUCACUGGCCCCGCCCACAGCAGAAGUAGUCUUACAAAAGUGCAGCUGGACGAGGUCUGCUCGCAGUUUUAUUGAGGAAGACGCUUGAGAAGUCAACGUGGACGUCGUUAACAGCUGGUGAAAGUGACUGAACAAGUGUUUCGGAAACACUGGCAUUCGGAAAAGAGCGGCGGUAAAUGGAUCUUCUCUGUCAGUCGGAUCAGUAAACGCAGGUGUUCGUGAUAAGGGCAAUAUGUCUCGUAAAUUGCACGCGAGAAGAAUUGAAGGAAUUGACAAGAAUAUAUGGGUGGAAUUCAGUCAGCUGGCUGCUGACUAUAAGGCUGUGAACCUGGGUCAGGGGUUCCCUGAUUUCUCCCCUCCUCAUUUCAUUCAGGAGGCCUUCUGCAAGGCCCUGAAUGGAGGUUUCUCCAAGCACCAGUACACACGUGCUUUUGGCCACCCAAAUCUUGUGAAGAUCCUGGCCAAAUUUUUCAGUAGGAUUGUUGGCCAGGAAAUAGACCCAAUGGAGGAUAUCUUGGUUUCUGUAGGAGCAUAUCAAGCACUUUUCUGCACCUUUCAGGCUCUUAUUGAUGAGGGCGAUGAGGUGAUUAUUGUGGAGCCAUUCUUUGACUGUUAUCAGCCAAUGGUAAUGAUGGCGGGCGGAACGGCUGUAUAUGUGCCCCUUAAACCAAGGGAAGGCUUUGGUCCUGUUCUAUCCAGUGCUGACUGGGUGCUGUCUCCUGAAGAGUUGGCGAGUAAAUUUAGUCCUCGUACUAAAGCCAUUGUCAUUAACACUCCUAAUAACCCUCUUGGCAAGGUCUAUCAGCAGGAGGAACUUCAGAUGAUUGCUGACUUGUGCAUUAAACAUGACAUCAUUUGCAUCAGCGACGAGGUGUACGAGUGGCUCACAUAUGAUGGAACAAAACAUGUGAAAAUCGCCAGUCUGCCAGGUAUGUGGGAACGCACUGUAACCAUUGGGAGUGCAGGCAAGACUUUCAGUGCCACAGGAUGGAAGGUGGGUUGGGCAAUGGGACCAGGGCAUAUCUUGAAGCACUUAAAAACCGUCCAUCAGAACUCAGUGUAUCACUGUGCCACAGCUGCCCAGGAGGCUGUAGCAGUAGGUUUUCAGAGGGAAUAUGAUGUUUUUGGAACAGAGGAAAGCUAUUUCCACCAGUUCCCCAUAGAUCUUCAUCAAAAGCGGCUGAGGCUUGCAGAUUGUCUGAAGAGCGUUGGACUAAAACCUGUCCUACCCCAGGGAGGAUACUUCAUGAUCGCAGAUAUCUCAAAUCUUGAUGUUGACUUUACUGACCCUGAUACUAAAGAUGAACCCUAUGACUACAGAUUUGUGAAAUGGCUCAUAAAAGAGAAGGGACUGGCCACUAUCCCUGUGUCUGCGUUCUUCAGCCCGGAACACAAAGACCAAUUCCAGAAAUACAUCCGAUUCUGCUUCGUAAAGGAGAACUCAACCCUGCAAGCAGCAGAGGACAUACUGAGGCAGUGGAGUGAUGGCAAAUGAAAAUUCUAAAUUCAGGCAGUACAGGCCUGUCACAGACUGAAAAGCAAGAGAACCACUUUGUGAUUUUCUUCAUCGAUAAUAAUUUCAUAUUGUUUCAUCUCUACUCUGGUGUAUGGUAAACAGUGGUGUCAGUAUUGCCUUAUCAGUUUGAACCCGAAUCAGACCCAGUGAAUAUUAGAGAAGGGGAUCAAGCAGAACUUGUGCAAGCACAGCUCUUACAGGACGUUUCAGAAUAGUAUGUUUUUGUUUGGAGCUCUCUCAUACUUUUAGAUAUACUGUUUU